CGGCUCUGUGAGGGAGUUGUGGCUCGGCGAUGUCGCUCUCUGCAGAAGCCGAGCUCAGGACUACGCUGCCGUCCCGACUCCUGGGUCUGCCCCUCAUGGCCCGGGUUUGUCUCUCAUGGUCUGCCCGUGUUCUGCUCUCCAGAACCGUCCACAAUUUUCACUUUAUGGCCUCCUYCUGAAGUUCGGGUCCGAAGCUCUUCUGUGCUUCCCUCAGGGCUCCCUCGGGGGUGCAGGGGUGGCCCUGAACWCAUCCGGCAAAUGGAUCGUCUGGAUAGAACUAUAACUUAAUUAUUUCAAGUUUUGUGCCUUAAAGCACAAMUAUUACUUUGCACUAAGUUGAAUAUUUGCUGCGUCUUUAAAUGACUUUUUAUUAAGCACUUCUCAAAUAUUAACGCGUCUGUUUAACGAGAAGUUCCGUUUUACCAUGUAGUAAUCAACAAAUGAAUGAGAUCUUUUUCAGAGACUAAAAGGAAGAAGAUGUUUAUGUAUUUAUUGAUUUGUCUUUAAUUUUUUAUGGGAAAUACUUGAAAGCAGCGGUUUUCUUUAUUGYAUUGUUAACAGGGCAGCUGAGUGAAAUUAAUUUAAAUGUUGUUUGGUGCAUGUUGAAACAGAAGAGAAAAUGGUAAAAAACCAGCACAGCUAGUGGAAGUUAUACUUACAUAAUGAGSUAGUGAAAGUUAUAUAGUGUUUAAUUUUUAGGUAACCAAGGUGUGUUUUGUACCAAGGCUAGGCAGCAUUGUUUGUCUUAGUCUUUUAAGUUACGGUGCAAGUCCUUCCCUCUCAAGCUGUGGCUGCUGUAAAUAAGGCAAAUAGAAUAAAAAUCCUUCUCUUCCCACAGAAUUUAUUGUCUCAUUAGAGAAAAAAGUGCUGGGAAUAAUACAGUGAGCAAAUCGUGCAAUGUCUUCUUAGGUUUGGUUAGUUCUGUACUGCAUGUUUUAUUUUGUUGUGUAUGUCUGUGUCUGUUUUUGCCUUAGUAAGCUGCCAAGGGAUUAAUGAACAUACUUAAUGGACAGGUAGUAGUUACGUGAAAAUAUUUAAAUGAAAAUGGGUAACCAGGUAGGCUGUUAAGUCUUUGAACUGAAAAUCCGUGCAUAAAUCCACAGGGAAUAUAGACUCUGCAGAGCCAAAGCAGUGUGGAAUACUACCUGUCUUGGAAACARAAAAUAUAGGAARCAAAUUUAUAAAUGUSAGUGCUUAGAGGCAAGAUGUUGGGRGGAAUUCUCUGAAAUAAAAGAUGGGAGAGGGGUGGGGUAUGGCAGUGUAAGGCUCAGUUGAAGUGAUGAUUCAAGAAGGCCUUAUUUUCUCACAGGAGACAAUGAGGAGCCACAGGUAAAGUCACUUACAGAUGGAACUCCUGGACAGGUUAAUUUAGUUUCUGUGAGAGACUGGAGAAUAAAAUUAUCCUGGUUGUUGUAUUCGUUGUCAUAGACUGACGUAAAAAACCCUCAAAAUCUCACAACCAACCAAACAACAAAGCCCUUAAGGAAAAUGUUCAAUUUUCUGGCUUGCCCUAGGACUGGCUUCCAAUGUGGUACCGAAUUAAAAAUUCUCUUUCUGCUUUUGUUUUUUCACAUGUAUAACAGGAACACAAGAAACCUUGCAAGGCUCUUUGAGAGGAAAGUCUGUGAGAUGUUCAGUUAUUGUGAUGGAUAAACAAAGAAGUUUUUGCAAUAAUUUGCAAUUCAAAUAAUUGAAUGCUUUGAUAUUCUAAUGACUUACAUAAUGAGUUUCAGUCAUUACAGAAGCCCAUUUUGUUAAAAUUACUUCUAAGGAGUUUUUUUAAAUAAUUGGUAAGAAUAGGUUGGAAAGUACAGACUAAUAUACUUUGGAAGUAGAAACCUCGUCAGAAUUUACCAAAAUAUUUACAGUUCUAUACAGCGUGAUUAUGACCAGAAUAGAUGAUUGCAUCCAGGAAGGUCAACCAGAAGAAAAAAUUGAGUGUUGAAGUGAUUGGUAASGUCAAUGUGUAUGUUUGAGUUGCCAGGAAAAGAUGGACUUGUGAGCUGAGUUUGCAUGGAAAACAAAAAUAAUAGCCCAAAUGCAUAUAAGGGUACUGUUUAAUAUUGAAAGAGCUGCUAUCAUUGAGAGUAAGAGUUUAAAUGCUGGUAACUAUGGUAAGAGUAACUCUUCUUGAUUUACCUCUUUGGCAGUGCCUUCACUGUAUGAUUUCUACCACAGAGCUGUACUUAGGAUAUUGAGCCUGUCUCAACUUCCAUGCUGUCAAGGUUUAUCCAAAUAAAAUAUCUUCUGAUAAAGAGCUUCAUCUUAGGAAGAAGAUGAAAGAUAGUGUCACUGAAGAACAUUUAUAUUUGGCUUUUUCUCAUCAGUACGGAGAUAGUAUCUUUCCUCUUCAUACAUCUAUCUCACUGUUUUUGCUAUCGUACUGUGACUGCAAAUUAUUUAAAGUUUUCUUAGUGCCRACUGGCGAAGAUGUGGGUGAUCAGUGUGUGACAAAAAACCUCGCUGGUGAUCUUGAGGUYCAUUUAAUCUCCAAGUGUCAGCUUCCAUUGGUUGUGCAGAGCUGCAGUUUACCUGCUGUUGUUGUGAAAGAUGACAGAUUCUGCCGAGCUGGGCUUUCCGUGGUCUUAAGACAUAUAAUACAGAAAACAUUUGAGGCAGAUCCAUCUAAAAAGGAUGUUUUGGAGCUCUUGGGCUUUAAGAAGACCUGCUUAAAAGCCUGUGCUGAAGUUAGCCAGUGGACCAGACUCUGUGAGAUCAGCAUACCUCUUGCUGUUGAAAGAUUUUUGACAGCCUCGCCUGAGCACUGCCAGGCUAUUCCUCCUGACAUUUUACUGUUUGAAAGGAAGCUUGGAGAACCUGUCCGAGUACAUAAUGAUGACAAAAUUCGAAGGCAAAAACUUCAACAACAGAAGGCAGGUGCCAAGGCUGCRGUGCCUGUGCUUGGUGAAGAAGAAGCAGAAGAAUCAAAAACGGGGRAAGUCCAUGAACAUCCACCCUCAAGUUUGGAACUGAGUGUAGCUUUCUCUAAGCUACUUGCCCAGGAAGCAUCAGAUGCAGUCAACAGGGAGGCCCCUCACAUCAGGAGAACUAAAACSUCUGACCUUCCGCUCUUGGACCACGUUUUUGCAGAAGGGCUUUAUUUUACUGUGGCAGAUCUGGUGCUUUUGCCAUGCAUCCAUCAGUUCUUGGUUUCCAGCAAGAAACAGGGCAAAAAUCUGGUAAACUUGCCAUUGAUAUCCAGCUGGUAUCGAAGAGUUCAAGAAGUACCUGGAGUAAAGAAAGCUGCUGGCAAAUGCAACAUGGAGCUUCUCCAGCUUCCAGAGUUGAUGCCUGCUCCAGAGGAGCAGCAACAGGACUCCUCUUUGGUUCCUGAUGAGUUAGAAGAGGAUAAUGAAGACAGUCAUUUUAUAGGUGGUCCGAGGCCAACUAUGACUAAGUUAAUGGAAAAUGGAAUUGAAGCAAAGUUUUCUCCUCAUCCAUGCCCCAACUGGACCCUAGACUGGACCAGUCUUCCACCUGCAGUCAGUCCUGGGGAAGGAAAGAUGUCUAGAGACCGGGCUCUAAGGAAGCAGCAGCAACUGAAUAAUUUGGUAGCAGCAGUGAUGAAACUUGCAAAGCCUGGAGAUGUGAUUGUGGACUUUUGCAGUGGAGGGGGCCAUGUUGGAAUUGUUCUUGCUUAUAUGAUGCCAUCAUGUCAGGUGGUACUCAUAGAAAAUAAGGAGCUGUCHCUGAUCCGUGCUAAAGACAGAAGUGAUGAACUGGGUUUAAGCAACAUUUGGUUCAUUCAAGCAAAUUUGGACUAUUUUAAUGGGACUUUUAACAUUGGGGUGGCUCUGCAUGCCUGUGGUGUGGCCACAGACAUGGUGAUUGAACACUGCCUUAGGGCAGGGGCAGCCUUUGUCAUCUCCCCCUGCUGCUAUGGCUUCAUUCAAAAUACAGUCAAGUUCAAAUAUCCACGAAGUCAUCAGUUCAAAGAAAUUUUGUCCUACAAGGAGCACAUGAUCCUUUGCAGAUUCGCAGAUCAGACAGCUGUUCAGCUUCCACCUGAACGUAGGCUAACUGGAAAGCAGUGCAUGGGACUUGUGGAUCUGGAUCGGGCAUGGGCUGCAGAAGAGCAUAACUACUCUGUUCAAGUUAUAUCUAUGGAGCCAGAGAGUUGUUCUCCAAAGAACAAUAUGUUUGUGGGCGUCCCUGCUUAGGGUUUGAAACUUGCAUUUGAUUUGAAGUUGAACAUAAAUCUUCAGUGCAUAAUGACAUCCAGCAGAUAGAGGCAGUGCUGGGAACCAGACAUCCCCCAUCUUGAACGCAUUGCCUUCACAAAAGGAAGCAGCCCAAAAGUCUUAAAAAGCAAACUGCAUGCAGAGCGUCACAAAUCAACGUGUAAUGUGUCAUUAAGCAACUUCUGGUUCUCGUACUGAGARGUUUCUGGAUCUAAUGACUGUGCAUGGAAUUAUAUCCAUCUGUAAAAGUUUAGAAGAAGUUGGUUUUGUUGAAGGAAAGGUGAUUCUCUCUUCAGUAAAGCUGUGUCUUGGCUGCUUGGAAAUUGCAUUCGUGGUCAAAACAGCAUCUGUGUUUGUAAGCAGAGCCGUUAUCAGCCAGCAGUGCUGAUCACCAGAGGAGCAGAGAAGAUCAAAUUUGUUGUGUUAYUGAAAAGGCUGUGCAACAGGGGGUGGCUUGACUUUGCUAAAUAAUUCCACUACUGUAGGAAGACUAUUUUAAUAAAAAUUCAGAAUACUUUGGGCCUCAUUCUGCUUAUUAAAAAUGAAUUCUAACUUGCCAAUUGCUUUUAUGAAAAGACUUUAAAAGUACCUUUAAAUGUUGGUCAAGGAUUCUGUAACCAGGCAUUUGAUGUUGGAUUUAAAGAAACCAAACUCCUCAUUACCUAUUGACCAGAAAGUGGGAGUUAGACAUGAUGUUAGUGAAUUAAUGCUUCACUGUCAUGUUGGUAAUAUAAGUGUGUUGAUUCCCAUUCGUAAGAAACUUGCUGUCAGAAGAAAUAUUUAAGGACAGUUCAUGUAUCUACAUAGAUCAUCUUCAUUGACUUUAUAUUCAGUUUAAAAUUUGACCAAAGUUGCAGUGUGGAACCAUUUGAAAAGAUCAGUCAUAGUCAUGCUACUCUAAAAUGAAAAUGAACGUUCUCCUGUGCUCAGUUUUCCCCCAUAAUUUUAAAUCACCUGUUGAUGUGAACACAAUGGAAGAUAGCUCCUAAUAGAUCUUUACUGCAUGUUUAGGCAUUUUAUACAUCUAUGAAUCCUGCCAUGUUUUAAUUUAAUAGUCUGAAGUGUGAAAACUGUAAACAUAGCUUCAUGAUGUGGCAAAAUAAAUUCUAAACAAUAGGUAUUGGCGCAAAGAAAAAGCAUCCAGAAAUAUUUGGUUCYUCAUGGAACUUAGAUAUCUAUUAAGAUCUAAAUACUUGUUGGUGUU